GUUACGUCGUCGUCAGUGACCCGGUCGAUGUUCGGUUUGGGUUUUAAUAAGAGGCUCUCCGGCGCCCCGCCACGCACAAGCUGGACAAAUUUCUGUGAUCAACUUUCUUAGAGUUUACUGCAGCUAUGGCUACUCCUGAUGUCAGUGUUCAUGUGGAGGAGGUGGUUGUCGUGACAACACCUGACACCCCAUCAGAUGGAAAUGCAGUUGAAGAUGUUAAGACUGUUUUAGUAGACUUCAAAUCAACCCAGCCGAGUGGAGGAUUAAGUGACGACAGUAUGGACUCUGUCAACACUCCUGGAGCCUAUUCAUCUUCCUCCACAUUGAUCCAGAAAGGUGAUGUUAUUGAGGUAAAAAUUGCUGGAGAGGGAGAUAAUAUAGAGCCAGAAAUAAUUUAUCCUAUAACCUGUGGAGAAAGUAAAGCUAACCUCAUUUGGAAAAAGUUUGUUUGUCCUGGUAUCAACAUAAAAUGUGUUCAGUUUGACAAUCAACUUAUAAGCCCCAAAGAAUUUGUGAAUCUAGCUGGAAAAUCUACAUUGAAAGACUGGAAGAGAGCUAUCCGUUUGAAUGGUGUGAUGCUGAGAAAAAUCAUGGAUUCUGGAGAAUUGGAUUUCUACCAACACAGUAAAGUGUGUUCCAAUACAUGUCGUAGUACAAAAAUUGAUCUUUCCAGUGCCAGGUCAUCUUUGAGCAGUCAGCAAUCAACAGAGUACAUCUCAGUGACUCCUGCUUUAGCUGAUGUUAAUGGCUCACCUGCCUCAUCUAGAGUUGAGAGCUGUGAAGAUAAUUCUGAAUGGAUUUCAACAAUACCAGAUGAUACUUUCACAUUUUGGCGUGGAUUAAAAGAAGCAGGCUUACUGGAAGAAGUCAUACAGGAGCUUCAGCAAGAGAUGCAAAAUACUCUGAAGGGUCUUCAACAAAGAGUGCAUCAGCCUCCUCUUCAAGUUGUUGAUGCAGUCAUUCUUAACAAUAUUGUGCAAAGUUUUGGUCUUCUGGACCUUGUUAAAAAGGUCUUGACAAGUCACAAGAGCCAAAUGGAUCGUUCCCGAGAGCAGUACACGCGAGAUUUAGCGACUUUGGAACAACAAUGUGAUGAGCAUCGUAAGCGAGCUAAAGAAUUAAAGAACAAAUCCCAGCAUCUAAACAAUGUUCUCAUGACCUUGACUCCAAUUGCAGCAGCACCACCUUCCAAGAGGCCUCGCCUUACUAGAGCAACAUCAGGACCAGCAACAGUGGCAGCUCAAAUGGUCACAACAUCACAGUCAGGCCAGCUUACGUUGGCUUCUGGAGUGCCUCUGUCUCAACUCACAAAUUUAGGAAAAAUGGCAACAUUAUCCACUAUUCCAGUCACUGCAGUUGGCAAGGUUUCACCGCACACAGCAACGUUUACUGCGACAGCUUCACCACUGAUUGGAGGGUACAACGUUCUGGCAUCUUCAAGCUCUGGGAUACCCAAUACUGUUGAGAUCCACCCAGAGACAUCGAAUCUAGCAGUCCUGAGCACAGCUGCCAUCCAAGAUGGUAACACUGUGUUGAAAGUCGUCAGCCCAAUCCAGCUGUUCACUACUGUCCCUGGUCUCAAUGCUGCACUCCAUAACAAUACCCAGAUGGCAUCUGUUGGAAGCACACUUAUGGCUGUGCCAUCUGCUGAAACCAACACAACAGGAGAAGGACACACCACUAUACAGGUGACAUCAAUAAGUGAAGAACAUGAACAGAAACCAUAGCCUUGAACUAAUGCUUCACAUUAUUAGAAUGUUUUGUUUCAAAGCCCUGUUGCUACUGAAUGUAACUUUUGAGAACUGUACCAGAAUGGUUUCUGCUACACAAUGAUUAAACCUACACAGUGCCACCAAGUGAUGAAAAAACAUUAGAGUGGAAGCAGCAAAAUCACAGAGUAGGAGCAAAUGUCUCAACUCUUUUUUUUCAGACUUUGGCUUAAGUACAAAAAUACAGACAUUUAUCAGAUAUGCUUGAUAGAAUUGUUUAUAAUGUAUUUUACAGAGCUUUUCUGCACUGUAUUUUGUGUGCUUUAAUACCUAAUUACACUCAAAAUGUCUUGAGAUUGCUUUACAAAAUCCAUAAUUGAGUUAGUGGCAGUUUCAUUUUACAAUAGGUGCUUUCAUCGUUUUCUAAUAAUUAUUUUAUUGUGUUGUGCUGUUUGGAUAAUCAUAUGGUUAAGAUGGAGAAUUUGUAAAUAUUCAGCCAAUGUAAUUUGUUUACAACCCGAUAUUGUACAAUUGACAUUGUACUUAGAAUAAUGUUGGUACAUAAUUUACGAUUUUUGUCAUAUAUGAAAAGCUAACCAGGCAAAUUCAAGCAAAUGGGUACGCUAUGAGUAAGCUGAGUUUUUAAAAAUGGAUUUAAAUAGCAUCUGUAAAAGAAUUAUCGCAUUUGCGCUUUAGUGGCAGCCACAAUAUAAGGUACCAUUUUUAUUCAUGGUGAAAAUGUGCUUAUUUGAACGUAUGAGUUAUACAAAACAAAACUGAUUUAGUGUUUCUAUGACAAGUUAUGCUUUACACAACAUACUUUUUUAUACUGCUGUACGUUUAUUAAAAUUAUCAGAUCAAUACUUAUAAGCUAAACUGAUGGAAAGAAAUGGAACAUAAAUAGUUUUAAAGUCACUGUUUUCUCCCUGUCUCCACAGUAAACUGAAACCAUAUAUUUAUGAUCAAUAUAUUUGAACUUCUUAGUUUUUCAAGAAAUUGUUCCUUUUGUUACAUGUGUGAUCUUAUUAAAAUCUAUAAACCCCACAGUUUAGGCAGGUAUGAACAAUGUCUGAAUAGUUUAAGUUUAGUUUCUUAAUAUUCUCUUUUUGCCAAAAUUCAAACUUCUUUCUGCCAUUUUCCAUACGUAGAUGUCCACAGAUACUUAUGAGAUUACUGAGAAUUUAUGAUUGGAUAACAAAGUGGUUUAUCAAAUUUGGCUGACGAUAGAUUGUCUGUAUACUGAGUGAAAGCUUCUUCUAAAACAUUUUUCUGAAGUGUUCCCUCGCACUAUUUUGAAGUCUUCCUGGAUCAUGCUGAAGUUAAAAUAGUGACCGAUCAGUUCAUGAUCCGGCUCUUAAACUUGAGAUAUCUGCCACAUUAAUAAAUUGCCCUCAGAUUUUUUUUUCCCUUUUUUUUGAGGAAUAAAUUGGCUCAUACACACCUCCUCUUCAUAGUUACAGAGGCAGAGAUUAGCAGCACACAGCAGGAAGAUUUGCUGGCAUAGACACAUAUUCUGCCACAAUGCAUUGAAUAAUAGAUAAACUGGGAAUGAGUGAUAAGAUAAUCUGGGUAUGUUUUAUCAUAUAAACUGCAAUGACAUGCCAGUCAAUAACUAAUUUCCUGCUCCCUUCUGUUUUAUAUGUAUUUUCAAUAUAUGAAGUUUCUGGGUAAUAAAUGUUAACAGUUUGGUGAGGUUUUUAAUUGGGGUUUGGUUGCAACUUUUUGUGAAGAGUACCAAUGCUUCUGGCUGUUUUUCAGAAGUGUUCCAUGUUCUUGCAAUGUCAAGUGAAUUUUCAAAAAAGGAUAUUUAAUUCCUUCAUGGAAAUUAUUUGUAAUAAAUGACAGUUAAAUUCUGUGUAAUCUAUCAAUAUUUAUCUAUUUCUCUUAGAUUUUUUUUCCUUUUUCUAAAAAAAAUGAACACUUUUAAGUGAAGAGUGAAUCUGGUUAGCUUGGCUGCUGCAAUUCAAAUAGAACUUUCAUUUCUUACAGAUUUAAAAAUACAUUUUAAAACACAAAAUAAAGGGAUUUUGAGUUGCAUUUAUGUCAUGCCUUAUCAUGUUGAACUGUCUCAGAGCACAAUGUAGUUCGUUCAUUCAUUUGAAGAGAGUGGCUGGUAAAUCACGAGGGCUGCCCACUUGAAUUUUUUUCCUGAUAAAAUGCGAAAGGAAAUUUUGUAGCUCAAUCUGACUGACUGAAGAUGUUGGAAAAUCUGAGACUGAUGAUAAAGAAGAUGGCAGUCAGUUAUUAUUGAUUGUGAUGUAAUUGUACAAAACGUGAAAGCUCCGGAACAACUGUAUCUGAAAUAAGAAUGUGAUCAAACUUGGGGGAGUCCAUUAAAGUUUUGUAAAUAAAAUAAAGAUUAUGUAAUAUUGCGAUGUUUUGCAAAAUA